CUGACGGGCUGGCUGGGCUCCGGGCGGCUGUCUUUGCGCUUCACAAGGUCUUGGGGGGAGACUACCACCGACACAGCGUCUCCACGAGUGCUCACUCUAACAGUGAGGAACCAAACAACAACCAAAAAAAAAAAGCAAUAGCAGCAGAAGGGACGCGAGGAUAACUGCGAGGGAGGAAAGCCAUCAGCCCCACCUCGGCAUCUGGAAAAGGCACCGAGGAACGAAGGAGACGAUCCUCCCCCUCCAACCCCACACCCCGCCGACCAACCCGCCCUAUCCACCCUGCCCACCUCCUCAUGCCAUCCCCCUGAGUCGAACUGCCCUCCCACCCCCGGCAGGAGAACCACGACCACCCGUAGGAAACCCCCACUUGACCAGCGUUGCCAUUAGGCGAUGCGCUUUGAAUUAAGGGAGCUAUAUUACCUGCGUUUUUGAUCCACAGCACAUGUGGUCUUCAUUUCUUUGGGGGCUUUUUUUCUUCAUUUUUUUCUCGUUUUGCUCAGCGGGAUCGGCUCAGAUCACGGAUUUGUGUGUUUACACUUCUUUUUGACGGGUUUCCAGUGGCGCGGUGACAUGCAGAAUAGCUCAUCCCACACGACUGUCAUUCCUUAGAUGAGCCUUUAUCCAAACGAGCAGGUUUGAGCUUACGGUAGAACCACCCCCCCCCCCCCCCCCCAUGCUGAGAAAGAAUCCCGACAAUGGUCUGGGAACCGACCGCCUCUACAGACACCUAGAUAGCUGUUCACAAGACGCAUCGGCUCGUGCGUUCGGCCUCUAUUGAAGAAAAAGCGACAAACCGACGAGGAGUCAUUGGACACCGACGCCACGGGACUUUGUGUCCGAAGUUUGCACCGCCAGGAGCCGGAGGGGGGCGGGGGGGGGGACACGGAGAGGGGGACAAGGGGGGGGGGACGCGAGUCGGAGAUAUCUCGACCAUAUCCUCGGCAUUUUCUCCCCUGUAAAAGGUGGGAGGUGAGCGGUUUGUGGCCAUGCUGUCCCUGGACGAGCCCCUGGACCUGAAGCUCCCUCGGCGGGUGAAUGGGUGGGACCGAGGGCCGCGCUCCACCCCCAAUUCCCCGCUGCACCCCAAGCGAGCUCGCCUGCUCCACAUGACGGACGACGGCACGGCGGUCAUAGAGCCCGCCUCGCCGGCAUCGCCACACACGGGUGUGCAGGUGGUCCCCAAUAAUCGGGCAGACACCCCCACGCCCCCUGCCGUGGACCUGAGCAUGUCUCCCUCCUCCCGUCACACCCCCAGCUCUCCGGAAAUGACCAACGGCAACUACAUCUCCUCAGGAAAUUCUCACAUGUCACAGGCCUUUCAGUUCUUCAUGCCGAUCGGAGCCGGGGCGGGACUUCACCUGCCGUCCUCCAUGUUCAUUGGCCAGACCAGCGACAAGAGAGCCUCUCCUGACCUCUCAGCGGAUGAACAGCUGGCCUGCCACUGGAAGAAAUGCCAUCUGCUCUUUGACUCCCUGCAAGACCUGGUGGACCAUGUCAAUGACUUCCAUGUCAAGCCCGAGAAGGAUUCUGGGUACUGCUGCCACUGGGAGGGCUGUGCUCGCAAAGGGAGGGGUUUCAACGCCCGCUACAAGAUGCUUAUCCACAUCCGCACUCACACUAACGAGAAGCCCCAUCGCUGUCCCACCUGCAACAAGAGCUUCUCGCGCCUGGAGAACCUCAAGAUACACAACCGGUCCCACACAGGUGAAAAGCCCUACAUUUGUCCUUACGAGGGUUGCAACAAGCGCUACUCAAACUCCAGCGACCGCUUCAAGCACACGCGCACACACUAUGUGGACAAGCCUUACUACUGCAAGAUGGUGGGCUGCCUGAAGCGCUACACGGACCCCAGCUCCCUCCGCAAGCACAUCAAGGCCCACGGCCACUUUGUGACUCAGGAGCAGGGCUCCUCGGGCGGAGUGGGCUCGCUGCUGAGGGGGAGUCCGAGUGGAGUGCUCGCCGGAGGAGGGGGUAAGGAUUCAGAGCUGUCCUACGUGAGUGCGGCCCACAUCAUCAUCCCGGGGGCGGCGGCGGCUUUCCUCGGGGGCCACGCUCUGCAGGGCCUUGGCGGCGCCCUUCCCCUGUCCCCCCUCAGCCCUCGGCCCCUGGAUCUGAGCGCGCUGGGUUGCCCCGGCUCACCUCAAGGCGGCCUGGGAGGCGCGCCCAUCAUGUCCUUCAACGGGUCUCCGCUGGGCCUGGCCAAGUCCCACCUGCUCUCCGCCGGCUUCCCCUCCUCGGCCCUGGGCCUGUCCAUGAUGCCCUUGCUGGGGGCUUCGUCCGAGCGGAGGUCCCACAGCAGACAGGCCAAGAGGGGUCGGAUGGAGGAGGCAGAGAACCGGUCGACCGGGGGGGUCUUGAACCUCUCGGCGGGAUCCCAUGAUCCCCUAUCGUGGGUGGUCAUCCCCCCAGGCACUGUGGUGCUCAAGCCAGCUGUGGUCAACUGAUACACACAUACACACACAAACACACACACAUGCACACACACACAUUCCAGAAGGGCUCAGGGGGUUGGGAUGGGAGGGUCAAAGGUGAUUGGGGACCGGCUCGCACAAUCAAAUCCACGCAGUGCAUUUCAUUUUGGAAACGGCAAAAAAAUGACGGAAACUGAUCAAACGCUCAAAGUGAGCGAAACAAAACAUAACCCUACACCUCACGGGAAAUAAGUACACAACGCAAGCCUCUUCUAUUGAUGGGAAACUAAACACGGGGCCCAAGAAAAAUAUAUGGCGCCGUAUUUCUAUCACAAGGCCCGACAAUGGGCUCCUCUUCUUGUUUUGUAUUUUAUUCUUUAUUCAUUCCUGUUUCCUUGAUGUGACAGUCUUAGUGCUCGGUGUCCUUACAAAAGUCCGGACUCAUUGAUAAGUAUUUAUGUAACUGUACCACAUAGACGGUGUGCCUCCAGCGUAGCACGGAGAUAGAUAUACCGUGUUACUGAAUGACGCACUCACAGUUAAACUUGCACGUAAUCAGACGAUUCUCCACAGUUGAUUUUGAAGUUAUGACCUAUUUUUCACAGGCAGCUGUGAUUAAUAUGAUUCAGACAGGCUUGCCAAACCAAAGCAAGUGAACUCAAACUGUCUUGGAUUUGCAGUUUCAGCUCUGAGACAGUUAAAUUAAACAAAGCACUUAAUAGUGUCAACUGGUUGAAGUACUGAAACCUCAAAACUGCUGCUAACCUCUCAGCUCCCCUCAGUGUUACAUGAACUGGGAGAGAGCACUUUUGACAAUCUGUCCCCAGUUUGGGGAGGGUGACCAAUAUGGACCAGUCUAGUCCACCAGAAUGUGUGACUAUAGGGACUUUUUUUUUUAAAGGCCCCACAGCGAACUGAUGACUUAACAGACAGACGGCGUCGCAUCAGCUGACAAUGACCGACGGAGUGUCAUAUGUGAACCACCGGGUCGCGUGGCGCCCCCUCUGGUGGGACUCGACACGCAACGUCUCGCUCUCCAUUUACACAAGUCGCACUGUUCUCCCCUCCGGAUUGCCCAGCUGCUUUACCGUAAUCGAAUCAACACGGCCGAUUUGUGUACAACAGGGCCACUGUGGUGAUAAACACUAGGGCCUUUUUAAAAAAAAUGUGUUUUAAGUGACCCGAUCUAUAAAAUUGUGAAAAGCAGGUGGUCGGCCGGUCGAAGCCCCGCUUGAGCCCAGCCGGUAGAAGUUUCGUCCGAAGUUCAACAAGUCCCAUGCGGUGCCAAAAUUGCGUGGAAAGCGUAGGGGGGGGGGGGGGGGGGGUUAUUGUGCCUCAGAGGGGGAUGUGAUGCACUCAAUGCCACAUACAGCUGGACUGACUAGGAAGCCACACUAUUUCAAACUGCCUCAUUUUUCUUUGUCCAAAGGGGCAAAAAAGAAAAGAAAAAAGACUCGAAAAUUUGAAGUCUGGAUUCAAGGCUCAAUCAAGCAGUCUACACGCACUUACCACAUAUUAAUAUCCUUUACAUGUUUUACAAAAUGUUACUGCCAAGUGAUGGUUCUUUGAAAAAAAUAAAAAAAAACAUCUGCAAGGCUCUAUUUUGGCAGCCGAGGCAUUUCGCUCGUGCUCGUGCUCGUGCAUGUACGAUGCUGACGGGCAGGCAAAGGGGAGCAGGAGAGGAUCGUCACCAGGAACAUCCCCUCAAGAGACUGUCACACACCACCCUCCUCCUCUUUCAAUCCUCCAUCGUUGGGUCUUACUUUUUCCAUUGCCCAGUCUUAGAAAUAAUUUGUUGUAAGCUGUUUUCUUUUGUUUCGUUAUUGUUGUCACUUUUAUUUUAUGCUGUUCAGACGAGACAUUUUUUUCUGAUGUUGAAGUUGCUUGUUGUGUUCUGUGGCGGCUGCUCUGCACUCAGCUUUCUGCUGUCGAGUCUUUUGAGGGGUUGAGGAUAAGAUGAGAGGGCGAUAGAAAGAGGUUGGGAAGGGGACCUCCGGGUCAGUGUUUCCAAACCUGGGGGGUUUGAGAUGAAUCUGUAGGGUCACAUGGAGAUUCGGUGUAGUAUAAGAUAGGAGAGGGUUUCUUUCACACAAAAUGUGCUAAUUGGGGGAUGAAAUUGCUAAAGAAGGAGACCCCUUCUUAGGGGGAACUAAGACAAUCUACAUCUGGUGGACCAAAUGCUAUCACAUUCCUCCAUGACAAUCACAUUAAGGGAUCAUUUAGAUAUGGCGCAGGCAUAAAAUAUGAGCCCGUAUAAAGCGUCCUAACAGUGUUAUCUGCGGGGCGGGGGGGGG